AUGUCCGCCAGACUGGCUGCUCGUACUUUGACUACCCAGUCGAGCUUUGCUGCUAGCAACCCCCGCGCAGCCCGCGCACCCAAGAGAUCCACCAACCGCUUCUUGCAAGUCCGCAAUGCUACCAGCAACGCCCAGGUAGCCCCCAACUCAAAGGCUUACCUGGAGAGCGGAGCUAUCGCUGGCGGCCAGAACCUGAUUGACGUCAAGAAGGUCCUUGUCAUUGGUAGUGGUGGUCUCGCAAUUGGCCAAGCUGGAGAGUUCGAUUACUCUGGUUCGCAAGCACUCAAGGCCUUGAAGGAGGCUGGUAUUCACUCUGUGCUUAUCAACCCCAACAUCGCAACCAUCCAGACCUCUCACGUCCUUGCUGACGAGAUCUACUACCUCCCCGUUACCCCCGAGUAUGUCACUUACGUUAUCGAGAAGGAGCGCCCCGAUGGUAUCUUCCUUUCUUUCGGUGGUCAGACUGCCCUCAACUUGGGUGUCAAGAUGGACGAGAUGGGCAUCUUCGACCGUUACAACGUCAAGGUCUUGGGUACCAGCAUCCAGACCCUGAAGACCAGUGAGGACAGAGAUUUGUUCGCUCAGGCCCUCAAGGAGAUCAACAUUCCCAUCGCUGAGAGUAUUGCUGUCGGCACUAUUGAUGAGGCUCUUGAUGCCGCUGAGAAGGUCGGCUACCCCAUCAUCGUCCGUGCUGCCUACGCUCUUGGUGGUCUUGGUUCUGGUUUCGCCAACAACCCCGAGGAGCUCCGCAACUUGUCUGCCCGUUCCCUCACUCUCUCCCCUCAGAUUUUGGUCGAGAAAUCGCUCAAGGGCUGGAAGGAGGCCGAGUACGAGGUCGUUCGUGAUGCCUCGGACAACUGUAUCACCGUCUGCAACAUGGAGAACUUCGACCCUCUCGGUGUCCACACUGGUGACAGUAUCGUCGUUUCUCCCAGUCAAACUUUCAGUGACGAGGAGUAUCACAUGCUCCGUACUGCCGCCAUCAAGAUUGUUCGUCAUCUUGGUGUCGUUGGUGAAUGUAACGUCCAAUACGCUCUCCAGCCCGAUGGUCUCGACUACAGAGUCAUCGAGGUCAACGCCCGUCUCUCUCGUUCUUCUGCUCUCGCCUCUAAGGCUACCGGUUACCCCCUCGCCUACACUGCUGCCAAGAUUGGCCUCGGACACACUCUUCCUGAGCUGCCCAACGCUGUUACUAAGACUACCACUGCCAACUUCGAACCCUCUCUGGAUUACAUUGUCACCAAGAUUCCCCGCUGGGACUUGAGCAAGUUCCAGAACGUCAAGCGUGACAUCGGCAGUGCUAUGAAGUCUGUCGGUGAAGUCAUGGCUAUCGGUCGUACUUUCGAAGAAUCAUUCCAGAAGGCUAUUCGUCAGGUCGACCCCAAGUUCCUCGGUGUCCAGGGUGACAAGUUUGACGACCUGGAUGAUGUUUUGGCCAACCCCACCGACCGUAGAUGGUUGGCUGUUGGCCAGGCCAUGCUUCAUGAGGGCUACACUGUUGACCGCGUCCACGAACUCUCCAAGAUUGACAAAUGGUUCCUCUACAAGAUUCAGAACAUUGUUGACACCACUCACGAACUCGAAGCCAUUGGCAGCCUUUACGGUGUCAAGAAGGAGCUCAUGCACAAGGCCAAGAAGCAAGGUUUCUGUGACAAGCAGAUCGCCAAGGCUGUCAACAGCACCGAGGAUGAGGUCCGUGCUCGCAGAAAGAAUUUCGGCAUCACUCCCUUCGUCAAGAGAAUUGAUACACUCGCUGCGGAAUUUCCGGCUGAAACUAACUACCUCUAUACAACGUACAACGCAACCACACAUGAUGUCGACUUUAACGACCAUGGCGUUUUGGUUCUCGGAUCUGGUGUCUACCGUAUCGGUAGCUCCGUCGAGUUCGAUUGGUGCGCUGUCAACGCUACUCUCUCCCUCAAGGAGCAGGGCAAGAAGACUGUCAUGAUCAACUACAACCCUGAAACCUAUUCGACUGACUUCGAUGUUGCCGACAAGCUCUACUUCGAAGAACUUUCUUACGAACGUGUCAUGGAUAUCUACGAACUUGAAUCUGCCCAGGGUGUCGUCGUCUCUGUCGGAGGUCAACUCCCUCAGAACAUGGCCCUUAAGCUCCAGGAAAGCGGCAAGGCCAAGGUCCUCGGUACCGACCCCAAGGACAUCGACAAGGCUGAAGAUCGUCAACAAUUCUCUUCCAUUCUCGACUCUAUUGGUGUUGACCAGCCUGCCUGGAGUGAACUCACUUCCUACGCCGAGGCCCAGCAGUUCGCCAACUCCGUCGGUUACCCUGUUCUCGUCAGACCCUCUUACGUCCUUUCCGGUGCUGCCAUGACCGUCAUCCGCUCUGAAGGCGAGCUCCAGGAGAAGCUUAACGCUGCCGCUGAAGUCAGCCCCGAUCACCCCGUUGUUAUCACUCAAUUCAUUGAGGGUGCCCGCGAGAUCGAUGUCGAUGCCGUCGCUCACGACGGUAAGGUCCUUGUCCACGCUGUCAGUGAGCACAUUGAGAACGCCGGUGUCCACUCUGGUGAUGCUUCCCUGGUUCUCCCUCCCGUCAAGCUCCCCAAGGAGACCAUCGAGCGCUGCAAGGUCAUUGCCGACAAGGUCGCCAAGGCCUGGAAGAUCACCGGUCCCUUCAACAUGCAAAUCAUCAAUGCCGACUCUCCUAACGGUGGUGAAUCCUCUCUUAAGGUCAUUGAGUGCAACCUACGCGCUUCCCGUUCGUUCCCCUUCGUCUCCAAGGUUCUCGGUACCAACUUCAUUGAUGUCGCUACUCGUGCUCUCACUAGCACCAACGUCCCUGAGCCUGUUGACCUUAUGGAGAAGAACCGCGAUUACGUCGCUGUUAAGGUCCCUCAGUUCUCUUGGACUCGUCUUGCUGGCGCCGACCCUUACCUUGGUGUCGAGAUGUCUUCUACUGGUGAAAUGGCCUGCUUCGGUAAAGACCUUGUCGAGGCCUACUGGACUGCCGCUCAGUCUAUGAUGAACUUCCGCGUUCCCCAGCCCGGUGAGGGUCUUCUCUUCGGUGGAGAUAUCACCAACCCUGAUCUCGCAAAGAUUGUCGACUACGUCAACCCUCUAGGCUACAAACUCUUCGCCGCCAACGAGUCUGUCAAGCAGCACCUCGAGAACAACUCCAAGGAUGGAAGCGUCAAGGUUGAGGUUAUCGAGUUCCCCAAGGAGGACAAGCGUGCCCUCCGUGAGGUCUUCGAGAAGUACGACAUCCGUGGUGUCUUCAACUUGGCCAAGGUCCGUGCCAGCAGUCUCGUUGAUGAGGACUACGUUAUGCGCCGCAACGCUGUCGACUUCGGUGUCCCUCUGUUCAUGGAGACCAAGACUGCCGUUCUCUUCGCUCAGUGCAUGAGCGAGAAGCUUCCCAAGCCUGAGGGCAUUCCCUCCGAAGUCCGCCCCUGGGCUGACUUCGUCGGCGGCCGCGCUCUGUAA